GCCCGGAUGUUGAAGCCGCGUGUUGCAAAGAGUUCGGUCCUGUGUAGUUAACAUUGCAGACGAGAUAGUGAAAAUGUCGUUCAUUUCGGUCAACCCAGACAGCCACUUUCCAAUACAGAACCUGCCCUAUGGCGUUUUCUCCACGGAGGAAAAGCCUCAGCGUAGAAUUGGUGUUGCCAUCGGAGACCAAAUCCUGGACUUGUCUGUGGUGAAACACCUGUUUGAUGGGCCCGUGUUGAAGAGCAAUCAGAGAGUGUUUGAACAGACCACCUUAAAUGAGUUGAUGUCCCUGGGUAAGGCAGCGUGGGACGAGGCCCGGGUCACGUUACAGAGGAUUCUGUCAGCAGAUGAGACUAUCCUGCGAGACCAUGCUGAACUUCGCGCCAGAGCAUUUGUUCCCCAGAGUCAGGCUAUAAUGCACCUCCCAGCUCAUAUUGGUGACUACACUGAUUUCUAUUCAUCCAUGAAUCAUGCCCGUAAUGUGGGCACGAUGUUCCGGGGCCCAGACAACGCUCUCAUGCCAAACUGGACGCAUCUGCCUGUGGGUUACCAUGGCCGCGCCUCCUCCGUGGUGGUCUCUGGAACACCUAUACGUCGGCCAAAUGGACAGACGCGGCCUGAUGAAGGUCAGCCUCCGUCCUUUGGGCCGUGUCGCUUGUUUGACUUUGAGCUGGAGAUGGCAUUCUUCACCGGCCCAGCUACCCCCCUUGGGAGCCCCAUCCCUGUACAGAAGGCCGAUGACCAUAUCUUUGGAAUGGUUGUCAUGAAUGACUGGAGUGCCCGUGACAUACAGAAGUGGGAAUACGUCCCCCUUGGGCCAUUCCUGGGCAAGAACCUGGGCACCACCAUCUCUCCCUGGGUGGUUACCAUGGCAGCACUCAAACCUUUUCUAUUAGACAAUCCGGACCAGAACCCGAAGCCGAUGCCUUACUUGUCACACACGGACAAAUACAGCUAUGAUAUUAAGCUGGAGGUAGCCAUUAAAGGAGAAGAAAUGGCCCAGCCCGCCACAGUAUGUCGUAGCAAUUUUAAGUACAUGUACUGGACAAUGAAGCAACAGUUGGCUCACCACACAGUGACUGGGUGUAACAUCAACCCUGGGGACCUCAUGGCCUCAGGUACCAUCAGUGGACAGACACCCGAUUCAUUCGGCUCCAUGCUGGAGUUGUGUUGGAAAGGCACGAAAACAGUUGAUCUGGGAAAUGGCGUAACUCGUAAAUUCCUGAAGGAUGGAGAUGAGGUCAUUAUGACAGGAUACUGUGAAGGCGAUGGCUACAGGGUGGGCUUUGGUACCUGUGCAGGCAAAGUGCUCCCAGCGCUCCCUCUAUAGGAGACAAGGGGGACAACUCCAGGAUUUCCUCUGUAGGAAACAAGGACAAAGAUUGCUAAACUUCAUACUUAUGCAAAGGGUGACAGAUCAUUCCUAUACAGUCACAGUUCAACUAAUAACUUGUGUUAUCAGCUGAGAAUAUGGUGCAAUCAUUGACAGUACUGGUCAACUAAAAAAUGGGGUCUCCGCAUUUUGAUUUUUGGAUUGGGAAUUGAAUUGGUUGUGCAUUGUUUUGUUUUUUGUAGUAUUUGACUAGUCCUUCUGUAACACCCCAGUAUUUCUGUGGUCAAAAUCACUGAUCUUUGGACUAUAGUGCUAUCUGCUGAAAUCUUUGUGCCAUGUAACUUUCAAACCAUCAGAGCUUUAGGCUUUAUGUUGACCGCUUUAGGCGUUAUGUUGACAGCUUUAGGCUUUAUUUCGACAGCUUUAGGUUUAAUGUUGACAACUUUAGGCUUUAUGUUGACAACUUUAGGCAUUAUGUUGACAACCAUACAUGAUAAACUGUUUAGAUCAACUUCCUGAUUUGUGAUAUCAAAAAAUGUAUUUGGUAUUAAACAUGUCAAUAUGAUCAUACGGUAGACAAACCGAUAUGCCCAGCUGUUUAUCGCCUGCAUUGUUCGGUGUUGACAUUUUCCAGGAAAGCGGUUCUUGUUUUGUGUAAAACCAGUGGAUUGUUAGAUAACAGAUACAGAGGUUCAUUCGGUUACAAUAUUAUAUAUUUGAAAGGUCAGUUAAUGCUGGAAUGAAGUGCAUGUAAACGAAAGGCUACGCUUUUUACAGUAACUCUUCAACCUUUUCGCUUGUUUGCAAGGUGGUUAGUCAAGCAUAUUCUGAGGGGGUUGUUCUGUGGACACUUCUGAAAUUGAAGCCCUGAAAUUGGCCAUUUCAAACAGUGUAGUUUUGUUUCCAAAUCAGAUUAAAAAUGUGCAUAAAUUCCACUGAAUGCUGCUGUUUCAUAUGGGAAAAGGUUGAGGAAUUAAUCUUUCUUUACAAUUGAUUCAUCCUUUUUCAAGGGUUAAUCCCAAAAGUUAUCUGGUUUGUAUUAAGAUAGGUCUGAUUUCAAUGGUCAUGACAUUUUGUCACGACCGAGUUCAGAGGGUUUAUUCAGAUAAAAAUGUAUUCACUCAUACCUGAAGUGUGUCUUCGAUCAUGCAUUAGGCGGGAGACGGGGUUCGUUGCCAUUUAGCCCAAUGGCUUACAUCCGUCAAUGUUGACCCAGUCAAUUUAUGUGGUAUGUUCUGUUUCUUUCUGAGUUAUAGAGCUUGCUACAUUAUACCUGCUUCACUGAAAAUCUUAAUGUGUUAAUUUUAACAGAAAGUCUGCUGUUCGAGUGAUGACAGAACGUAUUCUGCUACAGAUCUGUUACAUAUAACACACACAUUCUAUUAAUUCAACAUAAAGUUUCUAUUAGACCAACAGGAUAUUACGUUAAACAUGACACAUUGUUAUUUUAUGAUAACAGAAUACAUUUUAGCAUCACCCGGAGAACAAACUUUGUUAAAAUUAACAGAUUAAUGUUUUCAAUCAAAAAGGGCAGUUUUUUUUUAAUUUAAGAGAUAUUGUUUGUUUUUAGCCACUUUGUUAAGUUUGUUCUUCGCCUUGCCCAAGUUUUGUUAACAUUUUUAACAUAAUCAUUAAUGUUAUAGUUUAUUCGUUUUUGUUAAGCAUAGUUAUGCAUUCAUCUGUCAGCCGAUUCAACAGAGGUUUAUACAGGACUACUGCAGAUUUCACACCUGUACCCACAUGUUGGCCCAGGUGUACGCUACUAGUCAUACCUGUACACGGGAAACAUAAGGACCAUAGCUUGUUUACCCUUCUUAUCUUCAUAAAUUCUUUUUGCUUAUUCCCUUCAAACCCCACCCCACGAAAUUUUGAUACCUGAAAAGAAAAAAGCGUGACUUGACGACCAGGUGCUCAUUUUACAAAGCUAUCAAAAUUUUGUCAAGCGCCUUUACUGUGGUGACUUAUCUUAGUUUGUGUUGUGAUGACAACUACGUCAUGCACUCUCCUAAACGGGUGUGUUGAGAUGUACCUGUGAUUUUAUCUGUCAUGGUGAGGGGAUACUGCUGUGUUUUUGGUUGUGGAUGUGGACAUUUUGUAUAGUCAAUACACUCAUUUUACGCGAUGAUUAUUUGUGUUACGGGCAGUUCUAGUUCAAAGUAAACGAUUAACAUGAUUUUACCAAUUCUGUUAGUAUUAUAUACCUAAUGUAAACGUUCGUACAGAGUUUAAUUCUGUAAUGUAUAUAUGACAAAAUCAGUUUUAAGAAAUGCAAGUACAAGGUCUGGCAGCAACCUGAGGAUGGCCGUGAGUUUCUUCCGGGCUUUGCCCGGUUUCCUCCCACCAUAGUGCUGACCGCCGUGAGAUAAGUGAUAUAUUCUUGAGAACGGCGUGAAAAACCAGUCAAAUAAGAAAUUUUGUAAAAAUGCAAGUGUUUCGCGUCAUUGUGUAUCUAAUACGGUUGAGUGUGGUGAGGAUAGGUAAUGUGAAAUAAGCUCCAAAGAUCAUGUUGCGCGAUUUGUCGCAUAGCAACGCAGAAUUUAGUGAAAUCGAAACUUGUGCACAUGGUUAUGGUCGAAAGGUAUGAACCAUUUGUGAUGAACACGACUUGUUGGUAGAACACCGUAGCGGCUAUUACAGGGCAAAGUUCCAAGAUCUAGAACCACUGUUUUACAAAACCAUUAAAAUUUAAUCUUCUUCAGAGAACAAAAUAUUUGAUGUGGGAUACUUAAGUUGAAAUUGUGUUGGCACAGCUGAGAAUCAGCGGUUAACAUUUAAUCGAAUUGAGUUCAGUUUGGGUUGGAAUUUCAGACCCAAAUCGCCUUGUAAAUCGAGACCCAGGCAUUCGAAUUAAAAUGGAAAAAACUCGGUACGUUAAAUGUUGUAUUUUUAGUCGGGUAUAUAUAAUUAUAUGUAAAUCAGUUGAUCUCUACAAUGCUGUGUGUCAAAAUUGCGCUAUGUAGCGUGCAUUCCAUCCAAGUUGUGCCAGUAUAAUGUUAUCGUGUACAUAUGUUCGUGCAAAAUUACAGAAUCACGUGUGCAGUUAUCCAAAAAUAUAUACAGCACAAAGAAUCUCGGAUUUCACAACCAAAAGAAGCAAGUAUGGGAAAAAUGCUAGACCCGGUUGUACACAAGUGUAUUGAAGCCUUACAUUUAAGGCCUGUAUUUUAAUCUUUAACCCAUUAUUAUGUUUUAUAACAGGACUUGUUAAAACAUUAAAAUAGGGCUUACUUUUUUAGGUGAAAGGAAUACGGUAGUAGGCAAACAGUUUAGAUGUAUUGAGUUCAAUGGGGCUCCCGCUUCAUUUGUUUUGCCUCUAUCAGUGUUUAUCAGUGUUUAUUUAGUACACUUGUGAACAACCAUGCCCUGCUUUGUUUACCAGUAUUAUAAUGUUGAUUUCCAUUGGUCCAUUUUUUAUCUGAGGUGAAGGAUUUAAAAAUAAGCGGAAAUAAAAAGUUGAAAAUGUAUUUUUCCGAA